CUAUAUAUAAUGGUCAUGUCCCGACUGCUAGUGUCGAACGGCAAGAAUAUCGUGGUAUAAUUACCUCCUUUCACUCACUUCCCUGGCGUCCCUCUCGUCCUCCCCUUCCAUCUUUCCUUCCGCGGUAAAUACUUUCCAAGAGGUGUAGUGACAACUCUUCGAUCACAACAUUGAAUGCUCUCCUCCCACAAACCUCGACAUCUGACUCCGUCUUCCAUUCUCUCCUCCGCUUGUUCUACUUCCUCCUCAUCUCUCAGCAGCGACGACCCUCUCAUUCUUCUCGACUUUCCAAUGUAUAACCCUACUCAUUCUCACUACGAUGUGCACUAUGAUCCACAACCACAGCAACAACCAACGUCGUCGUAUGACAAUCCUGCUCCUGGUGCAUACAGCAUCCCAGGCUCUCAUCCUCACCCUGCACAUUUUGAUGACCAGUUGAUUGCUGCUCAUACGCUUUUCAACACUCAGCAGCCCCCCCAGCCUCAGUCGAGUCAACAGCAGCAGCAGCAGUUUGACACUCAGUCAAUAUCAGAUGGUUCGUAUCACUCCGCGGGCUAUCUGAGCGAUAAUAACUAUCAACCACAACAUCCCUUGCAGCACCCUUCCUCAUAUGAUGGUUCUGCGUCCGCUUUACCUCCUCCCCCAACCACAACCUCUCACGACGCUAACGGCUGGCCUUACCAGGUCCCCCAGCAACAGCAACAGCCCCAUCAUCAGAAUCCACACCAACUGUCACCAGAUCCCCAUACGCAAUUCCGCACUCCAGGUUCGGAUUGGGGUGGUUCAUCUGAGGGACAAUCUCCAUACUCUUUCUCGUCUUCUCUUCCAGAUUUACAACCUAUGCCCCCUUCUCAUCCAUUCUACCAACCACAACCACUACUAUCUUAUCCGCCGCCACACACACAGGGACAACAAGGACAGCCACACGACCCAUCCUCCGCAUCCCCCUACUACGCAGACAUUCAUCGACCAGGUUCUCAGUCUUCGCUGUCUGGGUCGGUGUCACCCGCUAGCUUUCACGAUCCGUUAAGUCCUGUGCCGAUGCAGACUUUCCCCAGUGCGACUGCGGGAGGAACGCCAGGUGCGGGUGGGGGGUCCUCGAAUUAUCCCUCCCCGUAUUCCGAUGGCCAGAUUCAAGGGAGUGGAGGGCCAACGCAUUUGAAUCAAGUCAGUUCGCAGCUAUCCACGUUGAGGAUUGAACAGCAACAGCAGCAGCAGCAGCAGCAACAGCAUGGUCAACACGCUUCUACUUCAACGUCUGUCGUCCCUAUGUCUGUACCCAUCUCUGCUCAACCAGCGACGGGCUCGUAUAAUUUACCACCACCCGCUUCGCCAAUGUCGCCCAAGGAUCGUCCAAUCAUUCUCAUUCUCAUUCCCAUCGUUCGUACGAUUCGUUCGAACUUGAGGCUCCUUCGUCACAUCCCCAUUCACAAGCGCAACCACUGCAAGCGUCGCCCAGUACCCAUUCGCAUUCCUCCUUGUCUCAACAUUCACAUCCCAUAAAUGGAGGAGCAGCAUCCCGAUCACGCCAGGCCCAAAUGUCCAUGUCCGAGGAUUUAUCCCAUUCUCGUUCGACUCAUUCUCAUUCACAUAUG